AUGGUUUAUACAGUAACGGUCUUUCUCUGGCGCAAACCCGGAAUCUCGCCAUCUCAAUUCCGCAAUCAUUACGAAACCGUUCAUAUCCCUCUCCUGAGAACAAAAGUCGGCAGCUCAUUCCCCCUCACGCAUUCUCGUCACUAUCUGACACGCACUCCAAACUCGCUUGGUUCCUCUGACAACUCCAAUGACAACCACAAACCCACGAUAUUAGGAGGAAAGCCGGAGGAUUUUGAUUGGGACGUGUAUAGCGAGAUGGUGUUUCAAGAUUACGAGCAUUUCGGCGUCUUCGCGCAGAAGAUGGGUGAAAUAUCCGAUGGAAAGGACGAGGAGUGGAAGGUUGACUGCGAGGCUUUUUUGGAUAUGGACAAGAUUGCUAGUCGGAUGGUCAUAGUUGAUGAAGCGGUUGUUACGAAGAGAGAAUGA